AUGGCUGGUCUGAAGCAACAUAUGAUGAACCCUCUUCUAUUGCAAGAUUUGGUAGAUAAGCUACCGGCUAGCGACAAGCGCGAGUGGGUGCGUUAUAAGAAGAAGAAGAAGCUAGUCACAUUGUGUACUCUUUCCAAAUUUCUUUCGCGAAUCGUAGCCGAAGCGUGUGAGGCAAACGUGUCCCUGGACCCUAAAUCUGAUCAGAAAACGGUAGCUUCAACUAAAUGCACGAGAGGAGCAUCGAAAGGCGGAGUUUAUAACCACAGCAUUGCCGAAAACUCAAGAAGGAACGAGGGUGCUGAGAGGCGCCAAAAGCCGUGUGUAGUCUGCCAUCGUAUGGACCAUCGUUUGAGAUAUUGCGAAGAUUUCAGAAAACUGUCGUCGAGCGAUCGCAUCAAGCUGGUAGAGCAGAAAAGGCUAUGUAGAGUUUGCCUCAAUGACCAUGGGAAUGCGGAAUGCAAAUUUAUGCUCCGUUGCAGCGUUGGUGAAUGCCAGCAGCGCCAUAAUCCACUUUUGCAUCCCACAAGUACCACCGUCGCAAUGAAUACGCACGUUCAUUCAAACAAUUCGAUUCUUUUCCGCAUUCUACCUGUCGUUCUACACUGCGGACAAAAAUCAGUGCACACACUCGCAUUCCUGGACGAAGGGGCGUCGGUGACGCUAAUUGAAAGGCAUUUAGCGGAUAAAAUUGGCGCCAAAGGGAUAAAUUUACCACUGACCAUCAACUGGACGUCGGAUAUUUCCAGAAGCGAGAACGACUCCGUAUGUACAAACUUGUGGAUUUCACCCCCUGGGGCGGGCGACAAGAUGCUGCUGAAGGCGGUACAGACUGUGAAGGAAUUAUUACUUCCCUGGCAGUCAUUGGAAGCUACGGAGGUUGGGAAAAGAUACGCUUUUCUCCGUGAUGUACCUUUCCAUUCAUAUGCAGGUGAUCGUCCCGGAUUACUAAUCGGAUUGAACAACAUCCAUGUAAUUGCUCCAGUAGAAACCAAGCUCGGUUCUCCUGGCGAACCAAUCGCUGUUAAGUCAAGACUGGGCUGGACCGUGUAUGGUCCCCAAUCAAGGGAAGUAUUGAGAGAAUCUUUUCUGUAUCAUCACGAAGCAGUAAGCAAUCAGAAAAUUUAUGAUCUCAUAAAAGAUCAUUACGCACUAGAAGAAUCUGUGGGGGCGACUAUUCAAGAAUCCAAGGAAGAGAAAAGAGCCCGUGAUAUACUUGAACAAACAACGAAAAGAGUAGGAGACCGGUUUGAGACAGGACUCCUAUGGAAAACGGAACGUCGUCUGGAACAUCUGGAACGUCGUUUAGAAAAAACGCCCGAUCUGUACGAGAAUGUUAAGCAACAAGUAGUCGAGUAUCUCCAGAAGGGGUAUGCGCAUGUGGCAACCGCGGAAGAAUUGGCUAAAAUGGAUCGUCGCAAAAUGUGGUAUUUGCCUCUAAAUGUGAUUCUAAACACGAAAAAGCCCGGCAAAGUUCGUUUAGUAUGGGACGCCGCCGCACGAGUAGACGGCGUUUCAUUGAAUUCACAGUUGCUCAAAGGACCUGACAUGCUCACUUCGCUAACUGCUGUCGUGUGCCGUUUUCGAGAGCGACCAAUCGCUUUCGGUGCAGACAUUCGUGAGAUGUACCACCAACUGAAAAUACGCAAGGAGGAUAAAUCGGAACAGCUAUUUGUUUUUCGGAGGAACCGAACGGAAAAACCGGACGUCUAUAUAAUGGACGUGGCCACAUUCGGCGCCUCUAGUUCUCCCUGUUCGGCGCAGUUCGUUAAGAACCUAAACGCCCAUGAGUUCAUGCAUGAGUAUCCUGACGCAGCGAAGGCAAUCGUCGAAAGCCACUAUGACGAUGAUUAUUUCGACAGCGUGAAUUCCGUGGAAGAAGCCAUUCAGCGAGCAAAGGACGUUACGUACGUACAUGCUAGAGGAGGAUUUCAGAUAAGGAAUUGGGUUUCCAACGCAGAGGAAGUGCUUCGAAGUCUCGGUGAGCAGAAGUCCUUGACGGAAGUUAGUCUGAGCCAGGACAAAAUCACAGAAUCAGAGCGUGUCUUGGGAAUCAUAUGGAACACUUGUAACGACACCUUGUCAUUCUCUACAAAUCAUCGUCAGGAUCUAGGAAGAUUUCUCUGUGGUACAGAAAGACCAACGAAGCGAGUGGUCCUGAGUUGUGUUAUGGGGCUUUUCGACUCUCAAGGCAUGCUUUCUCACUUCACGGUACAUGGAAAACUUAUUGUUCAAAACCUUUGGCGGCUGGGCUAUGAAUGGGACGAAGCUAUUGAUGACGGAAGUUGGUCCGAAUGGAAGCGCUGGACCGAGUUAUUGCCAGUUGUUGCAGAAAUACAAAUCCCACGCGCGUAUUUUGGUGAACUUCGUUCGGAUGAAAUCGAUUCGCUGGAGCUACACGUGUUUACUGAUGCAAAUGACAUCAUCACGAAUAGGCUAGUACAAUAUGAUCACGAAAAGUUCGGCCACGCUAACCGUGAGACGGUUUUUAACGAACUAAGACAACGUUUCUACGUUCCAAAUUUGCGAUCAGUGAUCCUCAAAAUAAUGAAGAAUUGUACUUGGUGCCAGGUUUACAAGUGCUUUCCACAAACUCCAAAGGAAGCUCCAUUACCCGUUCCACGAGUGACUGCUAAACUGCGUCCAUUCAGUUCAGUCGGCGUAGAUUACCUGGGGCCGAUUGAAGUGACUGUCGGGCGCAGAAAAGAAAAGAGAUAUGUUGCGGUGUUUACCUGUUUGGCUAUUCGAGCCAUCCAUUUAGAGGUGGUCCAUAGUUUGACCACACAAGCAUGUCUCAUAGCGAUUCGUCGAUUCUGCUGUAGAAGAGGCGUUCCAGAAGAAUUCGUGUCAGACAACGCCACGAACUUUAAAGCUGCCAGUAAAGAGUUGAUAAAGUCCAUUCACGACAAUUGCGCAAACUGUGUCAUUAGCGCCAGGACCAAAUGGACCUUCAUACCUCCGGGAACUCCGCAUAUGGGAGGGGCCUAG